AUUUCCUGUGUUCGAGGGUCGGCGGAAGAUGGCGGCCGCCCAAGGGGUCUGGUGCCUGUGCAGCUUUUUGAGGUUUUUUUAUUCAUUAUUCUUCCCUGGGCUAAUUGUAUGUGGAACUUUAUGUGUAUGUUUGGUCAUUAUCCUUUGGGGAAUCAGACUGCUGCUACAGAGAAAGAAAAAAUUAGUGUCAACUAGCAAAACUGGGAAAAAUCAAAUGGUGAUUGCAUUUUUUCAUCCAUACUGCAAUGCUGGUGGAGGAGGAGAAAGAGUGUUAUGGUGUGCUUUAAGAGCCCUGCAGAAAAAGUAUCCUGAAGCAGUUUAUGUUGUUUAUACCGGCGAUGUUGAUGUCAGCGGUCAACAGAUACUAGAAGGUGCUUUCAGAAGAUUUAACAUCAGAUUAAUUCUCCCAGUCCAGUUUGUUUUUUUAAGGAAACGCUAUCUUGUGGAAGAUUCACUCUAUCCUCACUUCACACUGCUGGGCCAAAGUCUAGGAUCUGUUUUUCUUGGCUGGGAAGCUCUAAUGCAAUGUGUUCCUGAUGUUUACAUCGAUUCAAUGGGAUACGCUUUUACACUUCCUCUGUUUAAGUAUAUAGGGGGUUGCCAAGUUGGAAGCUAUGUUCAUUAUCCUAUUAUCAGCACCGACAUGCUCUCUAUAGUGAAGAAUCAAAAUGUUGGACUUAAUAAUGCCGCCUUCAUUACCAGGAAUCCUUUUCUCAGCAAAGUAAAGCUCAUCUACUACUAUUUAUUUGCUUUUAUUUACGGACUUGUUGGUUCUUGCAGUGAUGUAGUCAUGGUCAAUUCUUCUUGGACACUAAACCAUAUUCUCUCACUGUGGAAAGUUGGGAAUUGCACUAACAUUGUUUAUCCACCUUGCGAUGUGCAGACAUUUCUGGACAUUCCCUUACAUGAGAAAAAGACAACCCCAGGACAUGUGCUGGUUUCUGUUGGCCAGUUUAGGCCAGAAAAGAAUCAUCCAUUGCAGAUCAGAGCCUUUGCUAAAUUGCUGAAUAAGAAGAUGGUUGAGUCAUCUCCUUCUCUUAAACUUGUCCUUAUUGGAGGUUGUCGUAACAAAGAUGAUGAACUUAGGGUAAACCAACUGAGAAGGCUGUCUGAGGAUUUAGGAGUUCAAGAAUUUGUGGAAUUUAAAAUAAACAUUCCAUUUGAUGAAUUAAAGAAUUAUUUGUCGGAAGCAACAAUUGGUCUGCAUACCAUGUGGAACGAGCAUUUUGGGAUUGGAGUUGUGGAGUGUAUGGCAGCUGGCACAAUUAUCCUUGCACACAAUUCAGGGGGCCCGAAGCUUGACAUUGUUGUUCCUCACGAAGGAGAUAUAACUGGCUUUCUGGCUGAGAGUGAAGAAGGCUAUGCUGAAACUAUGGCUCACAUUCUUUCCAUGUCUGCAGAAAAGAGACUUCAAAUCAGAAAAAGUGCCCGUGCAUCUGUAAGCAGAUUCUCUGAUCAGGAAUUUGAAGUGGCAUUUCUAUCAUCUGUAGAAAAGUUAUUUUAGUAAUGCCAUAUCUGUAAAAUUAAAGAUAUUUUAUAUAAAAUGGUUAAAAACCUUCAUAUGUAAAUAUUUUUCUAAAUUCAAUCUCAUUUGUCAAAUCACUUUACUUUAGAAAACAGGAAAGAAAAUUUCCUUUUAGAAUAAAAGGAAGUGUUGAAAGGAAAAUAGAUGACCAGACUUCGGCUUUCAUUCUUGGCCCACAUGAGAGAAGGUGGCUGCUGAAAUGAAUGCGAACCAGGUUGUGGAGAGCCUUCUGGCUUUGAGCCAACAGGAAGAACUGGUGGAUUUGCCAAAAGACCACCCCUUGAGUGAGAGUGAAGAUGAGGGGGACAGUGAUGGAGAGAGAAAGCAUCAAAAGCUUCUGGAAGCAAUCCGUUCCCUUAAUGGAAAGAAUAGGCAGAAAUUGACUGAGAGGUCUGAGGCUGGUCUGAAGGUGUUAGAGUUCAAUGUCAGUUCUGAAGGAUCAGGAGAAAAGCUGGUCCUUGCAGAUCUGCUUGAGCCUGUUAAAACUUCAUCUUCUUUGGCCACUGUGAAAAAGCAACUGAACAGAGUCAAAUCAAAGAAGGUAGUGGAGUUACCUCUUAACAAAGAAAAGAUUGAACAGAUCCACAGAGAAGUAGCAUUCAGUAAAACCUCACAAAUCCUCUCCAAAUGGGACCCUGUCAUCCUGAAGAACCGGCAGGCAGAGCAACUGGCUUUCCCCCUAGGGAAGGAGCAGCCAGCCAUUGCCCCCAUUGAACAUGUGCUCAGUGGCUGGAAGGCAAGAACUCCCCUGGAGCAGGAAAUUUUUACCCUCCUCCAUAAGAACAAGCAGCCAGUGACAGACCCUUUACUGACUCCCAUGGAAAAGGCCUGUCUCCAAGCCAUGAACCUGGAAGAGGCAAAGAUGCACCGAGCAGAGCUUCAGAGGGCCCGGGCUCGGCAGUCCUACUAUGAGGCCAAGGCUCAAAGAGAGAAGAAAAUCAAAAAUAAAAAGUAUCACAAAGUUGUAAAGAAAGGAAAGGCCAAGAAAGCCUUAAAAGACUUUGAGCAGCUGCAGAAGGUUAAUCCGACUGCAGCAUUGGAAGAACUGGAAAAAAUUGAAAAUGCCAGAAUGAUAGAAAGAAUGAGCCUUAAGCACCAAUCCAGUGGGAGAUGGGCCAAGUCAAAGGCAAUUAUGGCCAAAUAUGACCUGGAGGCUCGCCAAGCUAUGCAGGAACAGUUGACCAAGAACAAAGAACUGACAGAGAAACUCCAGGUAGCGUUUGAGAGUGAAGAAGAGGAGGGAGGCACAAAAGUAGAAGAACUCUUUGUUCCUGAGGUAGUGAAUGAAGUGCAGAAGAAUGUGGAUGGGCUGAAUCCCUGGAUGCUCAGGAGCUACACUAGUGACACCAAAGAGGUUGCAACCCAGGAGAACCCUGAGCAACUGCCAGAGCCUGCAGCCCAUGAGGUUUCUGGAAGUAAGAAAGAAGAAAGACCAGCGGCAGAGGAAGAAAUUUUGUUGAGAGGAUUUGAGGAAAGGAGAUCCCUUAGAAAAAGUUCUGAGCUCAACCAAGAUGCUGAGCCAGCAGGCAGUCAAAAAACAAAAGAUUCUAGCAGCCAGGAGGUGCUGUCUGAAUUGAGGGCACUAACUCAGAAACUGAAGAAAAACCAUCAGUCCAGGAAGCAAAAAGCAAGUUCAGAGGGGACUGUUCCCCAGGUCCAGAGAGAGGAAGCUGCCCCAGAAGAAGAGGAGUCCCUGUUGCCAGAGAGGCCAGAGAGAGUACAGACUCUGGAAGAGCUGGGAAAAGAAGAUUGUUUUCAAAAUAAAGGGCUUCCCAGACCUGUGUUAGAAGGGCAGCAGUCAGAGAGGACCCCAAAUAAUUGGCCUGAUGCCCCUAAGGAGAAGAAGAAGGAGCAAAUGAUCGACCUACAGAACCUCCUCACCACACAGUCUCCUUCCAUGAGGUCUUUGGCAGUUCCCACAACAAUAGAGGAGCUGGAAGAUGAAGAGGAGAGAGACCAAAGGCAGAUGAUAAAGGAAGCUUUUGCUGGGGAUGAUGUCAUCAGAGAUUUCUUGAAAGAGAAGGAAGCCGUAGAGGCGAGUAAGCCAAAAGACAUGGACCUGAUACUACCUGGCUGGGGUGAGUGGGGUGGUGUGGGCCUAAAGCCCAGUGCCAAGAAAAGACGCCGGUUUCUCAUUAAAGCCCCAGAGGGUCCUCCAAGAAAAGAUAAGAAUUUGCCAAAUGUGAUUAUCAAUGAGAAGCGCAACAUCCAUGCAGCGGCUCAUCAGGUACGAGUGCUUCCAUAUCCAUUUAUCCACCAUCAGCAAUUUGAAAGGACCAUGCAGACCCCCAUAGGAUCCACAUGGAACACUCAGAGGGCUUUUCAAAAGCUGACUACUCUCAAGGUCAUUACCAAGCCCGGCCAUAUCAUUAAGCCCAUAAAAGCAGAGGAUGUGGGCUACCAGUCUUCCUCAAGAUCAGACCUGUCUGUCAUACAGAGGAAUCCAAAACAAAUCACCACACAUCACAAAAAACAGCUGAAGGAAAACUCUGUAGAUUGAGUAGCUGGAGGAGUGACAGCCUGGAGCCUCGAAUCCACUUCCUUUGGUCCAGUUUGACUCUGCUACAGGGUGGAUUCCAAAACUAGUUCAGCACAUUGCAUGUAGUUCAGCCACAUUUAAAAAAAAAAAAAAAAAAAAUGGAUGACCGUUAGUUAACUAGUACUUUAGAAUUUAUCGGACAUUUUUAGAACAGAAAAAUUUGGUACAUUUAAAUUCUAAACAAUACAGUGGAUGACCCUUUUGAAUAUACCUAAUGAUUUCCUUAAAA